CCAUAAGCUAAACACCCUCCACGCCAUCUGACCAGCAACCAUACGAAGCCGUUGACUCCGCGGCUUUAAUUUCCCCAACGCCCACCAGGCCACCGCAGACUCUCAACAGCAUCCAAGCAAGAAGAAGAAGAAGAAGAGCUCGAUCGGCCGAGAAAGCAAGGAGACGACCGAGCACGACGGCAUGGACCGGAACAUGACCGGGCUCCUGAUCGGCUGCGUCGGCGCCGCCAUGACGCUGCUGGCGUACCAGCAGACGGUGGUGACCAGCACGCAGUGCAUGGGCGGCGGCCUGCUCGUCCUCGUCGGCGCCCUCUGCAUCAAGGAAGGCUUCUUCUCCUUCUGAUGCCCUGCCCGCGCGUAGCUCCGGGUCUCUUUCGGUUUCAAUUUCCUUGUUGGCAGCUUCGCUUACACUACUUCUGCACUUUCUGUAGCUCCUGUUGGUCGGAUAGUAUGAUCCGCAUGCAUAUUGCCAAUCAAAUUGGGUAUAUCUUGUAAUACCAUGUAAUCUUGUUCGUUUGCAUAGUUCUGUCUUUCUCUUGAA